UCUGGACUCAUUGAUUUCAGAGGAGGUAUUCUGUUUCACUUGACAUAAGGGAAGGUAUCAGCAAAACCAACUUAAAGGUCAGGUAUGUCCUUACCACGGAGCUGGAUGGGGCAAUUAGUCCAGAUAUAAUCAUGCCUGUAAUGCUUUUACUUUCUGUGUGGCAUAAGUGCAAUUAAAUUGUCAUUGAUCUCAAACACUACUCUUUCCUUGCAGAGACUUUUCUUUCUCUGUGAGUCUCCCUAAUUGAAAUUGAUGUCCCCCUCCAUUGCACAAUAGUGGUUGAAGUUCUGGAAAAAAAACUCUGUAAUCUUAAAGUUGUAGGGAAGAUAGAGAGCCAGAGAGAGAAAAAGUAUAUUUAAUGAACUCUGCAAGCUCUCCAGACUUGUGCCUUAGAGCUGUUUGGCUGCUAAACAGUUAAUAGGUUUUUAUUUGAAGAAGUGUGGACUGGUUUGUUUGAUCAAAAGAUGCAGGACUAUGUAUCUAGAAACCUUGACUGAAUGAAGGAGGAGAACGAUGAAGCUUUGUUCAGGGAGAAAUUUUCACUGUUGUUACAUGUUGCAGCAGGUCCUUGAAAGCUAAUUUGCAAACUCUAGUGUUACUGUAGGUGUACCUGAUGCAUGUGAAGCAGUGCCAGCAGUUUACAGGUCAGUUCGGCCUGGUUCUGUGACUACCCAUUUCUGAAAAGCAGGGAACUGAAAAUAGGGAAGAAAGCAUGGAAAGUGAGGGAGCACAUCCCUGAAGCCAAAGAAAGGAGGGGAGCCACUCAAGUUUGUUUAUUUCUUACAUCUUUUAAAUUUGGGGUGGUGAAUCACAGGAUAGGUAGAAUCCAGAAAAAGUAAAGCAAUGAAUCAGAUUCUACCAUCCUUUCCAUAGAUGUUUCUCAAAUGUCAUAUCUAACUUCAAAUGCAGUAAUGGAUAGGAAAUUCCACUAUGUCCUUAGAGAAACAGUCCAACAAUCCUGAGAUUUUUAUAUUUUAAUGAUCUGAAUUUUCAUUUUGUUUUUCUUUGUAAUCUGUAGUUAUGUCUGUGUGCAUCGGGAGUACUCUUCUCCACCUGUGCAGUUUAUACAGCCUCUAUCUCGUGUCUUAUGUCACAUGCUUGUUAUGUAUUAAUCAUAUUUUUACAUUCCUGCUUAUUAAUCAGUUCCUGUGAUAAGUUGCAGUAAGUUCUUCUAUUGCACAUACGUGCAAAGAGAUCUGUGAAGAGAUCAUCAGAUCAGCAGUGCAGGUGCUUCACUGUUGAAAUCAAAGAUUUUAAGUCUUAGCUUGCCACUACAAGAGAUAGUAUUAAUCCACUGUGCCACAAAAAUUAAUGGAGAUUUUAGUUAUAUUCUUGUCCUGUUUUCUGGGUUUCCCUUUGGAUUUGAGAGGAGUCACCGUAGCCAAUACUUUUCAUAAAUUGCUCUUUGCCCAUGUGCAUCAACAUUUCUACUCUUGACCAAAGUCACUUUCUGGAUUUGCAUUUAAAAAAAGGUGCUAGUCAUUCUAUUUUGGAGUUAUAAUCUUAUACUGCAAGCUUACCUCAAGUGUUUGUCUACUCUCAGUCAUGGUGUUUUUUGUUCACUGGACCAGGCCAAGACAGCAUGGGCUCAUCAAAGGCAGGUCAUGCUUGCCCAACCUCAUCUCCUAUGACUGGGUGACCAGACUGGUAGAUAAGGGAAAGGCUGCUGAUAUAGGCUACUUGGACUUCAGCAAAGCCUUUGAGACCGUCUCUCACAGUAUUCUCCUGGGAAAACUGGCUGCCCGUGUCCUGGACAGGUCUGCCCUUCACUGGAAAUCAGCAGCAUUCCCUUGGAAGCUUGCAGCACUGCUGAGAAACCUGGAAAUCUGCAGUAUCUGAAAGAGAGCUUUGUGCCCCUCAUGCAUCAGUUGAGAUGAGCAUCAGCCCACUGGAUUCUGCAGAGGGAGCAGAGGUCAGCACACUUGAGGACUGUCUUUCUGCUCCAGGGGAAGCAGCAGAAAUGCCAGGCAGGCCCUCAAGCCCUGUACAGAAAGUGCCAGCAGGACUGGAACAAGAGCAUGGUGAUGCAGAUCCUCAGAAGAGACUCUCAGAAUGGGAGGGAGAGAUGAUUUCAGAGGGUGGACUGGAUUGUUCACUGAAACUUAAGCUAGAGGAGUUGGCUGACCUGGAAAGCAACCAGGACUUUUCCUAUCUUAGCCCAAUCCAGGAUGGACCAGCUACUGGCAGUGCCAUCCCACAGUCUGUAGACCUCAGCACUGAAUGUUCUCAGUCCCAGACAGAACUGGCUGUUCAUGUCUCAGACCCUCAGGCCCAGUGUCAAAAAUCUCCUUUGGCUGAUGACUUUUCCUCUCAGAGAGAGGUACCUAAGUGCUUCUUGGUUUGUAAAACCAUUUCAGAGGGGCACUAUAAGGCUGAGCCAUCUUUGGGUAAUAUAGGGUCUUUGCAGGAGAUUGGUGCUAGUGCAGAGCAGAAGCAAAGCAGCAAAAAGGUGUCACUGGCAACUGGUGAACAGCCUACCACAGAGAUAACAGCAGAGGACAUGGCUGAACUUUAUACUUAUGAAGAUGGUAAGGAAAGCAGAAGAGCGCUCCAGAGUUGGGAAAAAAAUAUGGAGUCUUCCUAUCAAUUGUCUUCCACCUUAACAGAUGACAGCCAAGUAAGCUCACUACAAACAGGAGGAAACCUCUCAGCUUGUGAAAUAAGGAAUAGCAAGCUGUUCAAAGACCAGGGAACAGUAACGAUUCCUAAAGAAAACUCAUCCUCUCCUAAAUGCAUUCAUCUUGAAGAUGAUUGCAGAAAAACGGACAGCAGACCUACCUAUUCAGUAUCAUGUGCUUUAUACAUUAAGGAUACUGCUAAAAAAGUUAAACAAGCAAAUACUUCACAACAUAAGAAAACAGCACAGGAGGAAACAGUGUCUGAACUUCAGCAGGAUCAAAAGAAAGAAUGCGAAGACCAGAACAUGCGAGAAGAAGGAAAUUUUUUGAAGCCCAAAAAUCAAGAAGAAAAGGAACACAACGAACAGGAACAACUACAGGGGGAAGAGCUCAAACUGAAGACUCUGUCAUCAGCUCUCCUUUCUGAGACACUUUAUGUGCCCAGGCAUAAAGUGGACUUCUGUUGUUUGGAAAAGUUUUUUUUGGCUGAGCAAACUGGAACAGCACCUCCUGGGGAAUGUGACUUCAUGAGAGAGUAUCUUGGUAAGAGUGUGCUGCUCAAAGCUCAUGUCACUGCAGUGGGUUCUAGAUGUCAGAUACCUUCUGCCAUCCCUUUCCCAUCAGAGAGCAUGAACCUAGUGGGUGAAAUUCCAGUGGUGCCUCUGCACAUGUGCCAUAUCUCUGACCUGGAAGAGCUGGAAGACUCUGUCCAUUUUUCCAUCAGCAGUCAAGAUAGUGUAGAAGUUGACUGGGAUGACAAGAUAAGGCUGGGCGGGGAGGGUGAGCACAGUAGUGAACCUGGAAAGACUGCCCAGAUAUCUGACAAAAGGGAAGCACCACACUGUGGGAGAGUGGCAGCACUUUCUAGCACUGAGAACCCAGAGGCUUCUGCUACAGUAUGUUUUUCCACUGGUACUGAAAAGAUGGACCCAACUGAUCCUGCGGAUCCUCAUCCCAUUGCGGAAAACUUACGGAAAGCUGAGGUUUGUGACUUUGUUUCAGAUUUACCCUCCGGGCUCACCUCUGUGGAUUCAGUGUCUGGCCCACAGCAACAGGAUGCCAGUGGAGGGGCCCUGGUGAACCCUGAGGACUGUCGUAGUUCCAGCCUGAACAAAUUGCCAUACUCUAUAGAGAAGCAUGCUAACCAAGCUCUUUCUAUGUGCAUGCGGGACUUGGCAUCAGUGGAAACUAUUGUUUUAACUGCUGAUCCAGAGGAGGACAGUGGUUCCUAUGAACUGCUUGCUCCUGAGGAAGAUUUUCAUGAAGACCUUAGUGGCUCAUCUUCUUUCUCUGUAGCAUAUACAAGCUCUCUUCCUGCAGAGAAGAGCCUUCCUGGGGACAGAAAAACUCAGUUUUUCAUUGCAGAGCCUCUGGAAUCACCUCAAACACAGAGCAGGACUUCCAUCCCCCUGAACCAACCAGAAACAAUUCUGCAGUAUCAGCCUCCUCCAGAAGAAAGUACCAUUAUGCAAGAAAGUGAAACUGGAACAAACAUGUUUCACAAAGCACAACAGGUACCUUUACUUGAUCAGUCUCACUGGAAUCCUGGAUCUAGAAUCUCAAGCACCCUGAACUCCCUAACUUGGCCCCCUGAAGGAGAUAUGGUCCUUGCUGUGAACCAGGGAGGACAGCCUCUGUCUCCUAUGCCUAACACAACCCUAACUCUGUUGUCUGAGCCUGAUGCCAAACACAAUGUCUCAAGCCCUGUUCAAGCUCAGGCCCCUGCACUUAAUGCCAAUCACUGUGUCGAGCCUCUAGCCCUUGAGAGUUACAAGACACUGACUCCUGUACCCCACUCCGGGCCACAUCUAAACUGUAAUAUGGAUGAUCAUGACUUACUAGCCCUUGCUAGAAGCCCUUCUCUAUGGACUGCUUCUAUUGUAUCUGAUACUAACUCUGUCAGCUCUUCUGAUACAAGUCUAAUCGACAAACAUGUAUUUGUUCCAGCAACUAAAGAGCACAAUCUCUGUGACUUGGGUACCCAGAAUACAGAGAAUUCUGAUGUCUCGGGGGUCAGUUUGUUGGCCAAGGACUUUUCUGCUGUUGGAAAUGAGGCACUGACCAGCUGUUCUGACACCAGCACUGAAACAGAGAUUCAGCACAUGGGUAUACAGGGUGGAAAAUCCUCACCUGACCACCUUUCUCAGUCCUCACUGGAAGAUUUGAAAACAUUCACAGACUCGAAGAGCAGAGACUCUGUACAGUCCCUUCCAAUGCUAGCAUUCACCAAUCCAAUUCACUUUCUCCAGCUGAGCCCUCCAUCACCACCAAUCACUCAAACACCCUGUCAAGAAGAUGAGUUAUCAGGAGAGCUACAGUGGGAGCAGCGGACAGACCUCUUUGGUGUGGACACAAAGAACAUCCAAGCUCCACCAGCAAUUACAGAGGAAAUAGAAAGUGAGGGGAGAGGCAAGCAAAGGCUAGAAGGACAAGAAGAACAAUAUUUGGUGUCUCAGUUAAAGGAAGAAGUACCCAAACAUUUACCUUUGGAAAAAUCAUCAAGCUGGGCAGACAGAAAAACAACUGGGGUAGUUGUACAAGCACCAAGAUCCAGUCAAGGAAGUCUGAGUAAGCAUAGAGCGAAAAGCAAGGACUGGCACCGGCAGGGCCUGAAGAGGAUAUCUGUACCACCAGAUGUCUUUCAGGAAGUCGGUCCCGUUCCUUCAGAGGAAGAAGCACACAAGGCGCACAGGGAACCUCCAGUCAGUUCAGAAACAGUUAUAUUGCGAGAAAAGAAACCUGCAGAUACAAUGGAGACCUUCAAACGUCGGCACUCCAAACUCAUUAACUCCUCAAGGUUGCUGUAUCAGGAGUACAGUGAUGUGGUUCUGAACAAGGCCAUUCAGAGCCAGAAGAGAGUGGAUUCUUUUGCAGAGGAUACAGAAUCAAAUUUGCCAAGCUCCCCGAGGCUGCGAAGGAAAGUGUUAUCUCCUCAGGACUCAUACUUGCAACGCCUGUCAGUGUCAUCAAAUGCAUCCCUCUGGCAGGAUAUCCCCAUGAUCCGGGGCAGCAGAUUGCUACUCAAUAUGUCCCGUGAUGAGCAGAAGCUGCAAGAGGCCAAAUUUGAGUUGAUAAUGUCUGAGGCUUCCUACUUGCGCAGUUUAAAUGUGGCAGUGGAUCACUUCCAGCGAUCAGCAGAUCUCCAGGCAGUUCUCAGUAAUCAGGAGCGUCAGUGGCUUUUCUCACGCCUUCAGGAUGUACGUGAUGUCAGUGCCAGUUUCCUUUUUGACUUGGAAGAGAAGUUUGAAGAGGACAUGUUCAACUUCCAUGUAUGUGAUGUGGCUCUGAAACAUGCUCCUGAGUUCCGCAGGGUGUAUCUACCCUACGUAACAAACCAGACAUACCAGGAGCAAACCUUCCAGCGGUUACUGAGUGGAAAUGCAGGAUUUCAACAAGUACUGGAGAGAUUGGAAAGUGAUCCAGUAUGCCAGCGCCUCUCACUUAAAUCCUUCCUCAUCCUCCCUUUCCAGCGCAUCACUCGACUUAAACUCCUCCUACAGAAUAUCCUGAAGAGAACUCGGCCUGGGUCUGAGGAGGAAGUGCAAGCAACACAGGCCUAUGAUGCACUUGAAAAGCUCAUCAAGGACUGCAAUGAAAAUGUUCAGCGCAUGAAAAGCACUGAAGAGCUGAUCUACCUCAGCCAGAAGAUUGAAUUUGAGUGCAAGAUAUUCCCACUCAUUUCACAGUCAAGGCGACUUGUGAAGUGUGGUGAAUUAACAGCACUGGAUUUCAAUAUUUCAAGUCCAAAAUGGAAAGUCACCACCCGUCCUAUCUACCUACAUCUCUUCAAUGACUGUCUCCUCCUGUCUCGGCCAAAGGAGGGUGGACGUUUUGUUGUGUUUGAUCAUGCUGCUUUCUCAGAUGUACGUGGGGAAAAGUGUGAGAUGAAACUUCAUGGAACAAACAAAAAUGUUUUCCGUCUCUUUCUACUUCAGAAUUACCAGGGAAAGAGAGUGGAGUUUCUAUUUCGCACAGAGACACACAGUGAGAAGCUGAGGUGGAUCUCUGCUUUGGUUCCUCCGCAAGGGGAACUGGACCUCCUGGAAUGCCCUGAUGCACCACAGGUUCAAUGCAUAAGGUCGUACAAAGCUCGGGAAAAUGAUGAGCUAGCUUUAGAGAAAGCGGAUAUCAUCAUGGUUAUGCAGAACAGCAAUGAUGGAUGGAUUGAAGGAGUGAGACUUUCAGACAGGGAGAGGGGGUGGUUCCCCUCAGAACAUGUGGAGCUCAUCUCCAGCAAGCAUGCACGGCAAAAGAACCUGAAAGAAGAACAGCGUGUGAAAAAUGCCAAGCAGCAAGUCUUUUGCAGGAGAUAAUUCUACCUUGUUUGGACCUGUGCAGUCUCCCUGCUACGGAGAAAAACAUCUUUUUCUAUUGUUCCUCAGAAUAAGAACCUCUGCAAAGAGUGUAAUACAGAUGGGUGUCUUUUGCCAAAGAAAGUGGGAAUUCCACCAGGAAAAAUUAUUCACUUCCUUUCUGUCACCAGAAUUGCAGCAGCAGAAGAGAAAAAUGUUGCAUGUAUUUCUUGCUUUGUGUUAGUAGGGAGUUACUUUAAUCGAACAGAGCACUGGGAUCUGUACUCCUGAAAAUAUAUUCUGGUUUUACCGCUGGCAGUUACUUCAGAAUUCUGCCUUAGUUUUCCUAUCUGUGAAAUGGGGUAUUCUUACCUACCUCACUGAACGUGGUGAGGCUAAAUUCAUUAUUAUUAGUACACUAAGUGCUUUGAGUUCCUGAGAACAAAGGCACUAAGCACUAAGCACAGCAUUAGAUGAGAAUUUUCCAUUUGAAUAUUUUCUUCAUGUAUUGAGAGUACUGAUCUCCAUAGUUUAAUUUCUACUUAGAACAAUGGAUCUAUUUGAUCAUACACAUCUACUGUUUGUUGUCUUGUUUUCCUUUUUAAAAGGAACAGAUACAAGGAAGCACCAAGUUGAACUCAGUUUUAUCAUGCUAUUAAGAAUCCUCAGUAGCAUUAGGAUAUACACUUGAGUUUUAUAAAGUUUUUGGAAGUCACUGUGAUGAUUUCCAGCACCUUAAGAAGUAUAAAGCUGAAUCAUAAAAUUGUAGGGGCUGGAAGAGAUCUCCAGAGAUCAGAGUACAACCCCACUGCAAAGCAGGUCCCCUACUGCUGGCUACACAGGUAGGUGUCCUGGUGGGUCUUGAGUAUCUCCAGAGAAGGAUAAUCCACAGCCUCCCUGGACAGCCUGUUCCAGUGUUCCAUCACCCUUACCAUGAAGAAGUUCCUUUGCAUAUUGGUGCAGAACUUCCUAUGCUCAAGUUUAUGGCCAUUUCCCCUUGUCCUGCUGAAGAACCCCUCACUGCUGAAGAACCUGUUUCACAAGUCACCUGUCUCCUGAUCCAGGGUCCCACCAAGCCAUCUGAAAUGACCAUUUUCUGCUCUACCUCCCACUCAAAUGGAAUAGUUACUUUUUACAAAGAUCUGACAUGUUGGUACAUACCCUAUACAAAAUAACCAUGCCUAGGCAUUUGGAAUGAAGGGGCAUUUUCCUGGUGCUCCUAGUCUCAUAGUUGAUAUAGUACCGCAUGCACCAUUUUGCACACUUAUGGUAAACACUGAUAUACUUUACUGCUGUAGAUAAAUUAAAAGUAUGUGCCGGGGACUCUGUUGUUUUUGUAGAACUCUCCAGUUCUCCAGUCCAGUUUACUCCAGUCCAGUUUACACAUAGUCCUGCUUUUGUGCAGAACCUGUUUCUUUGAGAACAUACAUUGAACUGUAAAAUAUUGUUUCUGCAUUUAGUUACAUCAAUACAAGAUUAAGUAUAUGAAUCAAUACACUAAAGAAAACCAUCUUUCUUAAAUUUAAAUUAUUUAAAUAAUUAUCUUCACGUUUCCAGCUUUCCUUUUCUAUAACAUUCUACCUUGAAUUCCUACAUACAUUGUGAUAUGGCUUAUUUCAGCCUAUUUAUACCAGUAAUUGUGGCUGGAAUAAAAAACAAAAAAAAAAAAA